UCAAUGCUCUUAGCCUUAAAGCUUACGGAUUUCCAGCUCUAAAAAGCCACUUAACAUGCGUUCUGUUCAAUCAUAACACUGCCCUUUUCACAUUAAUCUUUCAGGUUACAGUUUCCCAAAACUACCAAAACUGGCCAUCAAAAUCACAUUGGUAGAUCCCAUCCUGGCCAAGCUAAGUUUAGGAUCUCCACUAAAUCUUGAUUUCUGAUUUGGGGGAAAAGCAUGGCGAAAUCAUGCUUUCCCAAAUGUAGGCUGGGCAAAAUAAUGGGAUGGAUUCAGAUUGUGUUGGGAGGGCUGGUUAUAAUAGUCAGCAUCUCCACUCUCUCCAGAUUCUACGCCGUCGGUUUCUUCCUGCAAAACGAUGACAUCUGCCGGCAUUUCCACUCCCCCUCGGUUUCCUACGACGGCGUCGACAUGGCCGCACUAACCGCUAGAUUCAAUGAAGUUCUCAACCAAAUGGAAAACCUGCAGGAAAAGCUCGAAUCCACGGUGCAAAAGAUGGAAAAAGACGGCGCAGACCAACUGCAAAGCAGCAAUAUCUCAAAAUUUGAGCACAAGAAAUAUUUGGAGGAGGAGGUGAUCCGGCCGCUCUACCGUGCCCACAUCGCGCUGCGGCAGAUCCGGCUGCCUCGGGUGGAGAACUCGACGCUCAAGGAGGAUCCAAUGAUCAACGCCUUCGUGGUCGAGGAGAUGAGAAAGUACAUCACACCAAAGGGGAACCGAGUGGGGAAGGUGAACAUCUACGGUACAGAGAGGGUGUACAACACGAUCGGGCACGCGUGCACGCUUAUGAAGGAGGAGGUGGAGGAGUACAUGGAUUACGACGUUGGGUCCUACUGCAAGGACGACUGGCUCCAAGGCCAGAAGCUCAUGCUCCGCGGCUGUGACCCACUUCCACGGAGAAGGUGCUUAAGUAGAGCCUCGAAGCUCUACUUGAGGCCCCACCCCAUCAACGUGUCCCUCUGGCUCAUGCCUGAGGGCCGCAAUGUGAGGUGGAGCAAUUACCAGUGCCGGAACUUCGAGUGCCUCUCUAGUAAGAAUCCUAAGAGGGGUUACUCCAAGUGCACUGGGUGCUUCGAGAUGGAAAAAGAGAAACUAAAGUGGGUGGUCAACUCGUCCCUUCCUGCGGACUUCCUGAUUGCGGAUGUCCUCGGGCUGAAGCCUGGGGAAAUCCGGAUCGGACUUGAUUUUGGGGUGGGGACGGGCACGUUUGCUGCACGGAUGAGGGAGCAGAACGUGACUAUUGUCUCCACUGCCUUGAACCUAGGGGCCCCCUUCAACGAGAUGAUUGCUCUAAGGGGGCUGAUCCCUUUGUAUGUGACGCUGAAUCAGCGGUUGCCAUUUUUCGAUAACACGAUGGACAUAAUUCACUCAACCGGGUUCAUGGAUGGGUGGAUCGAUCUACAGCUGCUAGAUUUCAUACUGUUCGAUUGGGACCGGGUUUUGAGGCCGGGCGGGUUGCUGUGGAUCGACAGGUUCUUUUGUGAGAGGAAGGAUUUGGAGGAUUACAUGUAUAUGUUCUUGCAAUUUAGGUAUAGAAAACAUAGGUGGGUUAUUGCUCCCAAGUCUAAGGAUCAGGUGUUUCUCUCUGCACUGCUUGAGAAACCACCCAGAUCCUUGUAAUUACCAUUAUUUUAUCUGCUUUCUGAUCUAUUCAUUGUAUUUUGACCAACAUCUUUCAUUUGUUUUAUCCUG